AUGGAUCCGUUAGACCAUAGCCUAUCGUACAAGAUUGAGGCAGCCAAAGAUGAGUUCUCGGCCUUCGUCCAUACCCUGAAGGCAGGAUUUGUUAGCGGAGAUGAGGUAAAAGCACAAACCAUCGGCAUAUCUGACACUCUCCCUACUAUAGGAAAGGGAAUUCAAUGGAUACAUGUUCCAGUAAACAAUCUGGAUUGGGUAAAUUCAUGUUUCGAGAUAUGCGGACAACCCAGGAUGCACGCAAAGAUCACAGACUGGAAGGUGCGUCCAGUUUUCUCGCGGGUAUCUGAGGCUGGUUCGCCUGCGGAGUCUACCUGGCCUGAACACGCGCGUCAUCUAGAGCCCUCCUGCACGCAGGGCACCUAUCCUUAUGGAGCCUCUACAGCAGAACCAACUUGGCUUCCUCCUCUGACAGUCUAUCUUCCUUACAUGAGCUUGAUGAAGUACGGUGAUUAUCAGUCGUAUUCUCAUGUCAGCGAGAGGCCGUCAUACCCAAGAAGAACCCUAGACCAGUUCUACUAUCCAGCUUUGGAUAGCACAAGCGCCCGAGAUAAGGAUCAAACAAUUUCGAAGUGGAGUGGAGCAGCCUUGGAGCAGGGCGGCAGAUCCUCGGCUGCCAACGACAGUGCCAUAAUCAUGGUAGAUCAAUUUUGGUGCUGGGUCAUCGACGACAAGACCAUAAUAACAAGCUUCCCUAGCGGAACUAAUAAUGGAUGCCCUUCCGGUGUUAAAGAUCUCUACCAGAACAUCAGGAUCAAAUUGUAUGAUGAUCCAAAUCCUUUCGAAAGCGUUUCGGAUAUGUAUUCGCUGCUAGUCGAGGAAUCGACGAGUUACAUGUUCAGUCAUGUCAACAGGAGUUCUCUAGACAUCGUGGAGAUCUACAGAUGGGUUACUAGCAAAAAGGCAGCCUCUCAGAUAAAUUACAUCCAGAAGUUCCAGCAGGGCUAUACCAACGGCGGAUCCGAUGAGGGGAUCACUGAAGAUCUGAAGCUUGUUCUCGAGAUCGUUGAUAUCAUCGAAGAACUGAGGAUGAUCCAACAUCUUUUGCGCAUUCAAGAAGAUGUUAUAAAGUCUUCCUACACGGCUUUAGAAUCACCGGCUUUAGAAUCACUAACGCGAUCUGGAUUCCAGAAAGACUCGCAGUUAUGCAAACACUUCCAAAAAGGCUUUUGUCGCUUCGGCAACAAAUGCAACUUCCAACAUGUCCUUAAAGGACCUCAGAAACUCACGCAUGUAAUUUCAGAGAUCGCCAGCAUCAUUGACGACGCGGAGUACACUCACACGAUGUUGCUUAACCUGCUGAACAUCAAGUCUAGUGUAGCAAGUCUCGCGGAAGCUAUAUCAAGCGCAAAAGAAGCACAGGUAGCGACUACGCAAGGCCGCGCUGUGAUGCUGUUCACAAUCAUCACCGUGAUCUUUCUGCCACUAUCAUUCUUUACAUCAUAUUAUGGCCAGAACGUCAAAGAGCUCACUGGAGACGAAAACAAUCCUUCCACUUGGGACCUAUGGCGCGUCGCAACGCCCAUCACCAUCGUGGUCAUCGUAGUAGCUUUACUCAUUGCACUCUUCAUCACCCAACCGAAAAAACGGAGACAGAAAUUUCUCGCAUCUAUUGGUAGGAAAUCAGACAACAACGAGAACAACAAGAACAAGGUCGGGGAUGCUGCUGAGUCCGCUUGA